AUGGAUGCCGUCGACUUUUCCUACCCGUACGCCGUGGACUCAUUCUCAUUCAUAGCUCCCCUACCCAUACAUAACAUGUUCAUUAAUUUAUUCAGCAUAUUUGAUGGCAAAUGGUGUAAAAUAUUGAAUUACUGGUCGGAGCGCAAUAUCUCGGGUCCGAAACCCAUCCCAUUGUUUGGCAAUAAUUUAAGUCAUAUCUUAAAGCUGAGAGCAAUGGUUGAUAUGGAGUGGUAUAACACUUACGGCACAAUCUUUGGAGUCUACAAUUGCGCAAAACCGGUGCUAUACGUGUCGGAGCCGGCGCUCAUCAAACAGAUUCUGGUGAAACAAUUUCACACAUUCCGUAACCGAUCGCUGCCCCCAGUGUUGAGCGGACCCGUCUCGUUGGCCAUACCCCGAGCCAACGACGAGGACUGGAAACGUAUCCGCGCCAUAGCGUCGCCCACAUUCACCGCCCGCCGACUGCGACAAAUGUAUCCCCAGCUCGACAAGUGUUGCGCCCACUUCUUGGCCGCACUCGCGCGGGACGUGUCGGCCAGCGGUGGUCACCGCGAGGUUAACCUCAAGCAAUUGAUGAACGCCUAUACCCUCGACGCGAUCGCCACCACAGCGUUCGCCAUCAAAACCGACUCCUAUACCGACCCAAACAACCCGUUCAUCGCCACCGCCAAUAAGAUAUCAAACAAAAUUUUUUCCACUAAUGAAUGGCAUAAGAUAUUAGCCAUGAUUUUGCCCACAUUUCUAACCAAUAGCCGUAUGUGGAAAUGGUUGGCGUCGACCGGCGGCCGACCCGACGACCAGUUCUUCAACGACGUCGCCCGACGUGUGAUGACUGAGCGCAAGGAGUCGGCGGCAAAACACACGGAUUUCCUACAGUUGUUGAUGGAUGUGGAGAGAGAGGACGACACCGACGAUCCGACUACCGGUGCCGGCGAUACCACUGCCGGUGCCGGCGAUGCUAUGUUUGGCCAUCACUUGAAUGAUGGCGUCGACGAACUGAUGGCAGGGAAACAGGCGUUCAGCGGAGUCGUGGCCAAGCGGUUGACCGCCGAUGAGAUACUGGCGCAGUGUUCGUUGUUUUUUACAGCCGGUUACGAGACAACUGCCCUAACCCUAACGUACUGUACGUACGAAUUGGCAGUGAAUCCCGGCAUUCAGGAUCGGUUGGUGGCGGAGAUCAACGACGCGGUGAUCAAUGAGGGCAUAGACUACGACACCCUUUGCCUACGACUGCCACUCCUGGACGCCGUCGUAUCGGAAACUCUACGCAAAUAUCCCACGGAUUCGCGGCUCGAGCGGCGGGCCUCGGAUGACACGGUGUUGAGCGCCGGCCGUCGGCCUGACAUUCAUGUCGCGAAGGGUGUGGUUAUAAAGAUACCGACUUACGCCAUACAUCACUCGCCGGACAACUAUCCCGACCCGUUUGCC